AUGCAGCUACUGCUGCUCUGGCUAAAGCUGCUUGUUUUUUAUGGUAGAUGGCACCCAGUUAAACUCUCACUAAAUCAAGGUCUCCCAGAAGUAAUCAUUCCCUUGAAGAUUACUAACUCUGACAGUGGCAUAAAGUCUUCAGAUUGGGUCUCGUACAGCAUGAAGCUUGAUGGCCAGAGACAAGUGGUCCACAUGAAGGUCAUUAAGCAUUUGUUUUCCAGGAACAUGCCAGUGUUCACUUACACAGAUAAUGGUGCUCUUCAUAAGGGCCAUCCUUUCAUCCAGAAUCACUGCUACUAUUAUGGUUAUGUGGAAGGGGACCCAAAAUCCCAGGUUUCUCUCAAUACUUGUUAUGGUGGACUUCGAGGAAUUUUACAGAAAAACAACUCUGUUUAUAAAGUGGAGCCAAAAAUGCAUUCAACCACAUUUGAACAUCUAGCAUAUAAAUUGGACAAUACAGAAAAAGAAUAUUCAGCCAAAUUAUGUGGAUUAACAGAUAAAGAAAUUCAACAACAACUCAAGAUUAUAAAGAGAGAUGCUUUGGAUACUUCAAAGAAUUUUAGAUAUAUAACAACCUGGUGGACCCACAAGCGAUAUUUUACAAUGGCAUUUAUAUUCACACCAAAAAUGUAUCGUGUUUUUGGAAGCAAUGUCACAGAAGUGCAGGAUAAAUGUCUAUUCAUGGUUACAAUUGUCGCUAAUAUUUAUAAGGAAGUUGAUAUGGAAGUUAUUCUAACGGCAAUAGAAAUAUGGGCUGACAGAAAUUUGGUUGUACUAGGUGUUUUACCUAGUUACUUGGCAGCUUUCUGUGUUUGGAAGGAAAAGUAUUUUAAUACACGUGUGAUUCAUACUACUGCCUUUCUCAUUGUCAAGAUACCUGUCUUUGGGAGAAAUAGCAACGCUUAUCAGGAAGCAGUAUGUAACCCAACUCAAAAUUGUGUCAUUAUUAAUUAUCAGGAUUCUGAUACUCCUUCAAAUCUUGCAUAUUAUGUGGCACAUCAAACAGGUCAUAUUUUGGGUUUACUUCAUGAUGAACCAUAUUGUUACUGUGGGGGAAAAUUGUGCAUUAUGAAUCCAGGCGGAUUGAUUUCACACCGCCUGAGCAACUGCAGCUAUAGUCAGUAUUAUUUCCUCAAUAAAGAAUGUCUGGUUUUUGCCCCACCUCCAGAGGAAACCUUUAGAAGGAAACGCUGUGGGAAUGGAGUGCUUGAAGAAGGAGAAGACUGUGACUGUGGCACCAUUAAUUCGUGUUCAAAUGAUCCAUGUUGCGAGGCAAACUGCAAACUGGCAAAGGGAGCUGUUUGUGCUUUUGGACAUUGCUGCAAGGACUGUAGGAUAGCUCCAGCAGGUACACUGUGUAGAAAACAGGAAAAUGAAUGUGAUCUUCCAGAGUGGUGCGAUGGGACAUCUCAUGAGUGCCCUGAAGAUGUUUAUGUGCAGGGUGGAAUCUCAUGCAAAAGUGGUGGAUACUGUUAUGACAAGAGAUGCAACAACCGUGAAGAACAGUGCAGAAGCAUUUUCGGUAACCAAGCAAAGAGUGCAAAUCUUAAUUGCUACAACAGCCUAAAUAUCCGAGGUGACCGUUUUGGUAACUGUGGUUUAAGUGGCUUAACCUAUGUCAGUUGCCUUCUCAGAGAUACUCUGUGUGGAAGAAUUCAGUGUGAGAAUGUGAAAGAAAUUCCAUCUCUGCAAAAUCAUAAUACCGUAAUUUCAACAAUUCUUGGUGGCAACAAUUGCUGGAGUAUUGACUACCAUCAUGGCGUGGCCUUGCCUGAUGUAGGUGCAGUCCAAGACGGUACUGCUUGUGGUGAAAGUCACCUCUGUGUUGAUCGACACUGCAUCUCUAUCUUAAACUUCACAAGACGUUGCUCACCUCUGAAAUGCAAUAUGCGUGGCAUCUGUAACAGCAAACAUAACUGCCACUGUGAUUCUCCCUGGAAACCACCCUUUUGCUAUUAUUCAGGAGUGGGAGGCAGCAUUAACAGUGGCCCGCCACCUGGAAAUACUCCCAACAAGUCCGAAGAUUACUAUUUUGAUUUUCAAAAUCCAUUGCACACACAUAUUUGCUUUUUUCUGCUGCUAUUGCGCUUUUUACUAUUCCUAUUGAGUUUGCUGCUUAUCAUGCUAAAAGAAUAA